UCCGGCGGGAGCCGCGCAGGGCCUUUGAUGCGCAUGCGUGCGGCGUCUGCGCUUGCGCAGUGCGGCCGGGGCUCCGGACAGGGUGACCCCGGUUCGCGGACGGAGGUGCGAUGUUGACCAGGUUCCUGGGCCCUCGCUACCAGCAGCUGGCUAAGAACUGGCUCCCGACAGCCAGCAUGUGGGGCGCCGUGGGUGCCGUGGGGCUGGUGUGGGCCACCGACUGGCGGUUGAUCCUGGACUGGGUACCAUACAUCAACGGCAAGUUUAAGAAGGAUUAGCUGGCCGCCACUCUUGGACCCCUCGGUGUCCAGUGGUAUGAGGUCCCCCCACUGCGUGCAGAGAACCCCAAGGAUGGACGCCACAAAAGCCCACGGCGCAGCCUGGGAUGCUUUCUCAUAUUGAACAGUUUGGAGAUUUUAAUGCGCGGAGCAUUAAACCUCACUUGCAAACCUG